AUGGCAGACUACAAGAGUUACUUGGCAGCCAAUAUCUUAAGUGAGGAUAAAGUGAUCACUUACCGGCUGCUCAGUCGAGCUCUCAAAGUCAAUGUCAAUACUGCAAAGGAAAUGCUCUAUGAAUUCCACCAUCUGCAAAAUGCGAAGAAACCAGGCACUGUCCACGCAACCUAUCUUGUCAGCGGUACAAAACGCGCAGAGGAACAAGAGGCCUCAAGUGGUGUACAAAAGGAUGGGGAAGAUGAAUAUAUGCAGAGUAGCCCAUUCAUGAGCAGCUCUAUGCCUCAGCCAGAUCAGGAUACAGAAGAGACGUCCGUCUUGAGCAUUACCUUGGUUAGAGAGGAGGACCUGGAGAGUUUAAAGUCCCAAUAUGAACACAUAACAUCAAUACACAUCUAUAGUCUUGGACCUCACCCUUUAAAGGAACUCCAACUCCUUUCCGACUGCACCCGCGAACUAAGGGCCCUCACAGCAUCUGAAGAUCCUCUCGAAUACUACCCCAAAUAUGGCGCAAUCACCAAUCCCCUCGUAAAACGCCGUCCAGCCCGCAGACCACCACCACCUCCCGCCCCAACGACAACCUCCAAGCCCGCACCAGUUAAACAAGAAGCAUCCAAGCCCUCCCCUGCCCCUGUCGUGAAGCCAGAACCGAAAGCGAAGCCAGAACCCAAACAACAGAGCACAGCUGCAAAGGAUUUCUUCGGCAAGGGAAAGGAGAAAGCGAAAUCCGAAGCGAAAUCAGGAGGUACAAGCGCACCAUCUAGCAAAGAAAGCACGCCUGCCCCCAACCCACCAGCUCUGAAGAAGAAUAAUUCGAGUGAUAUCUUCAAAGCGUUUGCGAAAGCCAAACCGAAAUUGAAGAAGGAGGGGACGGAUUCAUCAGCGGCGGCGACCGAGGAUGAGGUAAUGAAAGAUGCAGUGAAUUUUGAUGACGAGGAUGAGGAGGAGACAUAUGUGCCUCCUGCGCCAAAGGAGGAGAGUGCAGGAGAUAGGAGAUCUAGGAAGGAGAGGGAGGCGCAGUUAAGAGCAAUGAUGGAGCAAGAUGAUGAUGAUGCUGAGGACGAAGUCGUCCCACCCGUCGAACAACCAGAGCCAGAAGAAGAAGAAGAGACGAACCCUGAAAAAGAAAAAGAGGAAGUGAAACCCGAGCCUGAACCAACCGUGACGGUGAGUGGAGGACGCAGAAGAGGAAAGAGGAGAGUGAUGCGCAAGAAGACUAUCAAGGAUGAAGAAGGCUAUUUGGUCACGAGAGAAGAAGCAGUCUGGGAAUCCUUCUCGGAAGAUGAACCGGUUGCGCCGCCGCCAAAACCAAAGGCUCAGUCUACGACAGCAAAGGGGAAGAAAGGAGCGGAGAAAAAGGGUCAAGGUAGUAUUAUGAGCUUCUUUGGGAAGAAAUAG